GAAUGCGAGACGGGAGCGCGGCGGUGAGGUUCACCACGUCACGUCACGUCACGUCACGCCUCGCUUCGCUUCGCUUCACCCCGUGCGCCGUGCGAGUGAUCGUCUGGUCGAUCGGUCGUCCACGUCGCGAUUCCGUCGACGACGCGGACCGAGAGUACCGUCCGUACGGAGCGGAGAUCGGCGUGCGUGCGCCCCGACGACAAAAUAUGUGAGCUGGAGACUAGUCAGCGCGUCCGUGACAGAGGAAUCGGCGGAGAGAACGUGACGGCGACCCGCGUGUCCCGCGUUGCUCCGCGGUAUUCCCGUUCCUCGGCGGCCCUUUAACCUACGAAACCUCGACGAGGGAAGGUGCCUGGAGGUGCCGAGCCGUCGAAGAUGUCAUUCGAGGGGAAGUACAAUGCAAAGAGCCCAGCGGUGAAGAGGUUAAUGAGAGAGGCACAAGAGCUGCACGAGGCUACCGAGGAGUAUUGCGCGUCGCCUCUCGAGGACAACCUGUUCGAAUGGCAUUUCACGGUGCAAGGACCACCGUCUACAGACUUUGAAGGUGGCGUUUAUCAUGGGAGAAUCUUGUUACCACCGGAAUAUCCUAUGAAGCCACCAAAUAUCAUUCUGUUGACGCCAAAUGGACGCUUUGAAGUAAAUAAAAAGAUAUGCCUGAGUAUCUCUGGCCAUCAUCCGGAAACGUGGCAACCAUCAUGGAGUAUUAGAACAGCAUUGCUAGCCCUGAUAGCCUUUAUGCCCAGCCCAGGGAGCGGCACAAUUGGAGCAUUGGAUUACAGCACUGAAGAACGACAGAAACUUGCUAAAAAAUCGUUGAACUGGCAGUGCGAUACGUGCGGUAAAGUCGUGAACCUGUUGUCCAAAAACUCUGUUAAAAAACCCAUCACCGAAGAGGAGCAGACCAUGUUGAAAACAAUCGCUCUUAAAGCCGACGACUCACCCACGUCAGAUGUAUUAUUUACGGAUAAUACAGGAAAUGUAUCUGAGAAUGAGGUACGGCAUCGUAACGUGGAAACGAUUCCAGCAGAAAAUGCAGAUCGCCAGCAACCUGAGAUUAUCUUAAAUCGCGUAGAGACAAUGUCCUCUUCAAACGAUUUAUUUUGGAGUAUUCUUAUCAUUUCUUUAGUAUCUGCAAUUAUUUUGUUAAUCUUACGACGAUUAUUUCUUGUUUAACUGAUUUGUUUAACUUUUUUUGCGAAAAACAAAAAUAUGUUACAAAAAGAUAGUAAAUUUUAUACACAUUUUAUGGAUAUCGUUUCCAAGCUUAUAAGAAAAAGCCAAUCAUACUGUCAUAUGAAUACUGCGAAGCAUCUUAUCUUUUUUUUUUUUUUUCAUAAAAAACGUGUGUAACACAUGACGAAAGUAUAUGCAUUGGUAUGUAUUAGUACAUAUCCAUAUUGUUCUUAUAAGCACUUAUACAUCAUAAAUGUCUUAAUUUUAUUGCAAAAAUGACAUCAAAAUAGAUAAAUUUUCUUUUCGACUAUUAGUUUACACGUACUAGUCGCUUGCUUUCGUUAAUAAACGUAGCAUUGGAAAAAAUCAUUAUUUAUUCAAUAUUUAUACAUUUAUUUUAGUAUAUUAUAUGAUAUUAUAGUUAAAUGUAGAUUUCAAUAUAAAUUAUAAUUAAUAAUAAAUUUUGUUUAUUUUAAUAAUUGUCAUUAAAAAAAUUUUUUGGAAAUUAUCCAUAUAAAUCUAAAAGUAUAUCUAAAUUCAUAUACUUAUUAUAUUAUUUUUACUGAGAUAAAUUCGCAUUAUGUAAUAUAGCCUAACAUGAUACUAUUUUGUAAUAAAUAUAAGCUAUACAAAUACACUGUGUAAUACUCUAUAGCUUUCAUACACUUUUCAUAUGUGUAUAGCUACUGUAAUAAAAUUUAAUGUAUAAUAUGAUCUAUAUACAUAUAUAUAUAUUAAAGGAGAAAAGAGGAUUUAGAGGGACUUUGUCUAAAUUCAUUCUUUUGUAUGUACAUAGAAAAAUAAUAAAGUAAUUAUUUAUUAAAGUA